GUGUUUGGCUUGAACACAUGUGUACGUACUGCGUGUCUGCCUCACACCCACGGACAUCAGGAAGGGCAUUCGAUCCCCUGGGACUGGAGAUUCAUGUAGACGAUGGUUGGCUGUGAACCUCCACGAGGGUGCUAAGAAUCAAACCCUGGUCUCUGAAAGAUUUCUUUGGCCCCUAAAAACCGCCUUUUAAGUCUAAUAACAGACGUUAACUUUUCCCGUUGGUUUUGGUUUUUGUUUUGUUUUGUAGAGUCAGGGUCUUGCUGGGUAACCCUGGCUGGCUUGUGGUGAAAUUCACCAGUCCUCCUGCCUCCGCCUCCCAGAUAGGAGCAUUAAAUGAUUAUUCGGUUUCCCCUCAUCUUUCCAUUUUAGACAGGCUCUUGUGGUGCAGUUAAAGCUCAUCUUAAACUUGUUCUUCUCGACUCCCUGGCCCUCUAAUGCCUCACCCACCCUCCCGCAUACUGGGAUUUGAAGGUGGGCCGAACUGGGUUCAUUAUCAAUGGUAGACUGGGAGUCUACAAUACGGAAAGAGAAGAACUCGUCCAGGGUGUGCUGGCCCAAGUGGCGGAACAAUUCUCCAGAGCGUUUAAGAUCAACGAGCUGAAAGCUGAAGUUGCGAAUCACCUGGCCAUGCUGGAGAAACGGGUGGAAUUGGAAGGACUCAAAGUGGUGGAGAUCGAAAAAUGCAAGAGUGAUAUUAAAAAGAUGCGGGAGGAGCUGGCAGCUAGAAACAACAGGACCAACUGUCCCUGUAAAUACAGUUUUUUGGAUAACAAGAAGUUGACACCUCGACGUGAUGUCCCCACUUACCCCAAGUACCUGCUCUCCCCAGAAACCAUUGAAGCCCUACGGAAGCCCACCUUUGAUGUCUGGCUUUGGGAACCCAAUGAGAUGCUGAGCUGUUUAGAGCAUAUGUACCAUGACCUUGGUCUGGUCAGGGACUUCAGCAUCAACCCAAUCACACUCCGCAGGUGGCUGCUCUGUGUGCAUGACAACUACAGGAGCAACCCCUUCCACAACUUCCGGCACUGCUUCUGUGUGACACAGAUGAUGUACAGCAUGGUCUGGCUCUGUGGCCUCCAGGAGAAGUUUUCCCAGAUGGACAUCUUGGUCCUGAUGACCGCAGCCAUCUGCCAUGACCUGGACCACCCAGGGUACAACAACACAUACCAGAUCAACGCCCGCACGGAACUAGCGGUGCGCUACAACGACAUCUCGCCGCUGGAGAACCACCAUUGCGCCAUCGCCUUCCAGAUCCUGGCGAGACCCGAGUGCAACAUCUUCGCCAGCGUGCCGCCUGAGGGCUUCAGGCAGAUCAGGCAGGGGAUGAUCACGUUGAUCUUGGCCACCGACAUGGCAAGGCACGCUGAAAUUAUGGAUUCUUUCAAAGAAAAAAUGGAGAAUUUUGACUACAGCAAUGAGGAGCAUCUGACCCUGCUGAAGAUGAUCCUCAUAAAAUGCUGUGACAUCUCCAAUGAGGUCCGUCCCAUGGAGGUGGCAGAACCGUGGGUGGACUGUUUACUGGAAGAAUAUUUUAUGCAGAGUGACCGCGAGAAGUCCGAAGGCCUUCCUGUGGCCCCAUUCAUGGACCGAGACAAAGUGACCAAAGCGACAGCCCAAAUUGGGUUCAUCAAGUUUGUCCUAAUCCCAAUGUUUGAAACAGUGACCAAGCUCUUCCCCAUUGUCGAGGAGACCAUGCUGCGGCCCCUCUGGGAGUCCCGAGAACACUACGAGGAGCUGAAGCAGCUGGACGACGCCAUGAAGGAGCUGCAGAAGAAAACGGAGAACUUAACAUCUGGGGCCACGGAAAACGCCCCAGAGAAGACCAGAGAUGCGAAAGACAAUGAAGACCGUUCACCUCCAAACUGAUGUCCCAAUGUAUGCACAGACUGUACCAGUUAGAGCCGAUGAACUGCAGCCUCUGAGUGGACAGAGCCAAGAGGGGCUUCCCAGGAUCUUCCACACAAGGAUGGUCGUGCCCAGAUGACCCCCAGAUGACCUGCCACAGACCAUGUUUUCUAAGAACCAUUUUGUUCACUGAUAUAAAAACAGGAAUUCAUGACGCUGUACAGAAUUUUUAUUUUUAAACUGUCUUUUAAAUAAUAUAUUCUUAUACAGAAAUGGGUCUGUAUUUUUUUUCCUUUGGGUUUUAGACUCGGGCUUCCAAGGACUCUGGUUUUCCCUUGGACGUAUCUUCGUGCAGUUGAACCAUGGGAUGUGAUAUGAGGGUCCAUGUAAAUUCCACAUUAAAUGUCAGAACGGUGCCCAAGUA